AAUCUUGAAAAAGCGUCGCAUUCUCACCGCUCGAUCUUUCUCUCAAUGUUCUCUUCCACGGCCUUUCGUUGACCGGACCGACCAAUCUGCAUCUCCCAAAAGGACGAGAGGGCCCCUUGGCUUUGUGGGAAAACGAGCGGAAGGAGCCAAUGGAGAUUCUGGGUUCGCGGAAAGAUGACGAAAGCGAGAGGACACAGUAGAGAUUCUCCCUCUGUUCGAGUUUAAAUCGCACCGCGUCUUCGGAAUAUUCACUGUUCCCUCGUUUUCGUUUCUGGGUCUGUUGUUCUUGGUCGCGGGGAAAAGAAGGGGAUAUGGUUUCGUCGCCGGUGGAUCUGUUGAGGGAGCAUCUCCCCGUGGAACAAGAAUCCGUGGUCCUGUCUGGUGACGUCAAGACCGGCCUCGUUCUUGUCGAUGUCGUGAAUGGCUUCUGCACGGUCGGUGCUGGGAAUCUGGCACCUAGGCAGCCCGAUAAGCAAAUCCAGGAAAUGGUUGAUGAGUCGGAGAGAGUUGCCCGGGUCUUCUGUGAGAAGAAUUGGCCUGUUUUUGCUUUCCUAGAUUCUCAUCACCCAGAUGUUCCAGAGCACCCUUAUCCUCCACAUUGUAUAAUCGGAACGGAUGAAGCAAAGUUGGUACCAGCCCUGGAGUGGUUAGAGAAUGAUCCGAAUGCUACCCUAAGGCCUAAAGACUGUAUCGAUGGCUUCCUCGGUUCAAUGGAGAAAGAUGGUUCUAAUGUAUUUGUAGACUGGGUCAAAAGCAAUCAAAUCCAAGUGAUACUUGUGGUGGGGAUCUGCACAGAUAUUUGUAUUCUUGAUUUCGUGUGCUCCACCAUGUCAGCAAGAAAUCGUGGUCUUCUUGCCCCUUUAGAGGGUGUGAUUGUGUACUCACGUGCCUGUGCUACUUUCGACAUUCCCGUCGACGUUGCCAAAGAGGAUAAGGACCUUACCGCCCAUCCACAGGAUCUCAUGCAUCACGUUGGGCUUUACAUAGCCAAGGGAAGGGGAGCCAAGGUAGCAUCAGAGGUGUCGUUUGGCGCUUGAAACAUUGUUUGUUGGUGGCUGUAAAUAGCAAAAAUUUGUUUAUCCGAAAUUAUUACUUCAAUGCUUAUACAAUUUGAUGAUAUGUAAGUGGAUAACUGUGCUAUUAAUGAUGCUUCUGGGAAUUUUAGCUCGAAUUCCUAUCUAGUUUCUGUGCUUAGGUAGUAGAUGUCCUUGUCCAAUUGUCAUUUCUGUGUUUAAUUUCAGUGUAUUUUCUAUAUAUUCAGGGGGUGGAUAGAGGUUCAAUAACUGAGCCUUUCUGUUUUAGAGUGUCAAAAGCAAUUCGGAUAGGAAGCAUGUAAUUUAUAUAGCUAACGGCUUGCAAAGAGUGCUAAAAAUGAAUUGUGGUCAUUGGUUGCAAGAUGAGCAGCAA